GAGACUUGAGAUUAUAAUAAAUAAAAAUGAUCUUUUAUCGGAUAUGUGAUUAAAGAGGGAUGUUCAUGAAAAAUCUAAGUGUUGGAGAUGAAAGUAACUGAUUUCAAUGAUAUGAUGAAAUGAAUAAUAAAUAGUGAAAAAUUAAAAUAAUUAUAUUCAUUAACUCAAGCAUUAUUAAAGGGUUAAUAAGAUUCUGCAGCAGCAAAUGAUUAAGAAAGAACAAUCGGAGAUGAGUUGAAGAGUGGAUAUGAAGUUACGAAUUAUAUUGGCCAUAUUGGCCAAAUUUUAUCUCGAUUUAAUAACGUCUUCAUAUGCUGCCAUACCAACAGGAUCAAAGCCGUUUCCAGGACUGGAAAAUUUACCAAAAUCCUUUUGGCAUGAGUUAAGCUCACCUUUUACAGAGAUUUAUGGUGAAGAAGAGACUGCUACUGAAAAUGGUGCAACUCCUGAGCCGAGACCUUUUUUUCUUGAUCCUGACAGUAAUGUUACAGUUCAACUUGGUGCUUCAGUUCAUCUUCACUGUCGAGUUGAGAAUUUGCAGAAAAGAAUAGUUUCGUGGGUUCGUAGGCGUGGUGACGAGCUUCAUUUGCUUACCUUUGGUAUUCACACGUACUCGAGUGAUUCCCGAUUCUCAUUGGACUACCAAAUGCCCAACGAUUGGCGGCUUUUACUACGAACAGCAACCGAACGGGAUGCUGGCGUUUACGAGUGUCAAGUUAAUGUUCAUCCACCCUUAACAAGGACAGUCUAUCUUACAGUCUCUGUACCCCGAGUGGAAAUAGUUGAUGAACAUGGUGCAACUGCUGGAGACAAAUUCUAUAAAGCUGGUAGUACAAUAGAGCUUAAGUGUGUUGUGAGCAGAGUGCCUCAUCCUACUGGUUAUGUGACUUGGAGGCAUGGAUCUCGAAUGCUGAACUAUGAUACCAUUCGUGGAGGUAUAAGCGUCAAGACUGAUAUGGGCGCCGAGGGGGCGGUAUCGCGACUAUACAUUGCAAAUGCCAACAAGAAAGACAGCGGAAACUACAGCUGUGCUUUAGCGGAUGUCGCAGCAACCACAGUCUCCGUCCACGUACUUAACGGAGAAAAUCCAGCGGCUAUGCAGCACGGUGGUGGUUCAAACAUUAAAGCCACACUAAUUCUCGUCCUUCUAUUGAUUACGUCAACACUUGGGAGGUGACCAUAAGGCGGAUUUUGCAUCCCUUGUCAACAACUAAGUUGACUUUAAUCCUUUAUUUGAAUAUCCACUAAUUUAAUAUAUUGGGGGCUGAUAUGAACAGCAAAUCGUGAUAAUCAAUGAAUACCGUUCGUGACAUUUCACAACGUUUUUCGUAAAGAUAUCACGUAUGUAUAAUUAGAUAAAUUAUUAACUUAUUAGGGAGAAAAAAAAAUGGAACAAACAAUAUCAGAAUGCAUCGUUGAUUUCCUUUGUAAUUUUUUCUUCUUAAUUCAUUGUCAUUAUCAUUAUCAUCAUCAUCAUCAUCAUCAUCGUCUUUAUCAUUGUCAACUCUGAUUAUAAGAAGCAUUGUUGUAUA